AUGGCAGCAGGCAACCGGACGACUGUAGUGGAGUUCAUCCUGCAGGGCUUCUCAGAAGACCCUCAGCUCUGGGGCCUUCUCUCAGCCCUUUUCCUCCUCCUCUACCUGAUGGCCCUUGUGGGAAAUGGCCUCAUCAUCACAGCUAUCAGCCUGAGCCCAGGCCUGCACACUCCCAUGUACUUCUUCCUCACCAACCUGGCCUUUUUGGACAUUGUCUGCACAUCCACCAUUCUCCCCAAGUUGCUGGAGGUCUUGAUGGUUGGAGUGGACACCAUCUCUUAUAGGGGCUGCCUGGCUCAGCUCUUCUUCCUCACCUGGUCCCUGGGGGCUGAAAUGCUGCUGCUCACGGCCAUGGCCAUUGACCGCUACGUGGCCAUCUGCCGGCCACUGCACUAUAGUGCCAUCAUGAACUGGUCAUUGUGUACACUGCUGGCCAUAGCUGUGUGGACAAUUAGUGCAUCCAACACAUCCAUAAAUACUGGACUAAUGUUGCGGUUGAACUUCUGUGGCCCCAACCAAAUUGGGAACUUCCUGUGUGAAAUCCCUUCACUGCUGCCACUUUCCUGCAGCCCCACGGCCCUCAACAGUGUCAUGAUGGUCAUUGCUGACAUCUAUUUUGGCGUGCUCAACUUCCUGCUCACGCUGACCUCCUACGGCUGCAUUGUGGCCAGCGUUCUGCGCAUCCGCUCGGCAGCAGGCAAGCGUCGUGCCUUCUCUACUUGCUCCUCCCACCUCCUCGUGGUCAUCUUGUACUACUCCAGCAUCAUCUACACCUACAUCUUCCCGGGCUCGGGCACCUCCAUGGAGAAGAGUAAGGUGGGUGCUGUGCUGUACACAGCGGUCAGCCCGGCCCUGAACCCACUCAUCUACACACUUCGGAACAAGGAUGUGAAAGCUGCCCUCUGGAAGGUGACUGCUUGCUCCCGGUAA